AAACAGCUGGAGAAGCAGUCUUUAGCAUGAGCACGUUAUUAAACUUGGACAACUAGGGGAAAGUUAGGAGACUGUUGGAGUUCUUGCACAGAACUGGAGUGUACACAAGAAUAUAAGAAUUGAUCUAAGGACCUGAUUCAUCGACCUGAGGAGGGCAGCAAUACGCCGUUGUUGCGUCUAGCCUGCCUUACCCGAAGAAGAAGAAGAAGAUACAUCUCUUAACAUCACUAGCUCCGCCAUCUUCUAUUGAAACAACGCGGUUCCUCGAAGUCAUCCAAACUUCGGAGCUUCGGUCUUCAUCUCUUCUUUUCUUCCUUUAGAGAAUAGUUUGCUUCAAUGUCCGGGUUUCAGGAUCUUAAAGAUUUAUUCAGCCGGCGGCUGUUCGCUGUGGUUAUCAAAGACAUUACAGGACAAACCACAACAUCUUUAUAUGAAGAGGAGCUUCACCGCCAAAGAGAGCUGCUGAAAGUGAUUUUAACACCUGAAAUCAAGCUGCAGAGAGUAGUGUUUCCUGCAGAUGUCCAGCAGCUGGCAGAGAGUAAAGAAGAUCUUCUUGUGAAGCAGACGUGGAGCCCCUGUCUGGACCAGGAGAUCACUGAACCCCCGCACAUUAAAGAGGAACCGGAGGAACUCUGGAUUAGUCAGGAGGGAGAGCCGCUUCAAGGACUCGAAGAGGCUGAUCCCACCAAGUUCCAACUGACUGUUCUCCCUGUGAAGAGUGAAGAUGACGAAGAGAGAUGUCAGUUCUUACAGCUUCAUCAGGGACACACUCCAAAGAUGGAAACAGGAGCUGAUGGAGAGAUCUGUGGAGGACCAGAGACAGCCAGGAACUCGGAUCCAGGGAGCGAUAACCAAGAAGACACCUCUGAGCCUAAAACUGAAGACAUAUGUAACCUGAGGGAGACCAAUGAGCAUGAGUCAGGUUUCAACUCCAAAACAACAAUCAAAGCCGAGAGACUGCCUGAUGAAACAGUGCAUAGCUGCUCUGAGUGUGGUAAAUGGUUUAAACAUAAACAAAGCCUUAGUAGACACAUGUUGGUUCACACAGGAGAGAAACCCUUCAGCUGCUUUGAGUGUGGUAAAAGGUUUAAAGAGAAACAGGGCCUUAUCAGACACAAGGUAGUUCACACAGGAGAGAGACCCUUCAUCUGCUCUGAGUGUGGUAAAAGUUUUAGACGGAAAGUAAAUCUGACAUCACACAUGUUUAUUCACACAGGAGACAAACCCUUCAGCUGCUCUGAGUGUGAUAAAAGGUUUUGUCAGAAAUCAGGUUUGAAUUCACAUAUGUCUAUUCACACAGGAGAGAAACCCUUCAGCUGCCCUGAGUGUGAUACAUGGUUUAGGUCUAGAGGAAGUCUGAGCGGACACUUGUUGGUUCACAGUGAAGAGAAACCCUUCAGCUGCUCUGAUUGUGGUAAAAGGUUUAAACAUAAACAGAGCCUUAUCAGACACAAGGUAGCUCACACAGCAGAGAAACUCUUCAGCUGCUCUGAGUGUAGUAAAAGGUUUUGUCAGGAAUCAAGUUUGAAUUUACACAUGGUUAUUCACACAGGAGAGAAACCCUUCAGCUGCUCUGAGUGUGGUAAAAGGUUUUACCAGAAACACAGUCUGAUGAGACACAAGUUAGUCCACAAAAGAGGGAAACCUUUCAGCUGCUCUGAGUGUGGCAAAACGUUUAGUCAGAAAUCAGGUUUGAAUUCACACAUGAUUAUUCACUCAGGAGAGAAACCCUUCAGCUGCUCCGAGUGUGAUACAAGAUUUAGGUUUAGAUCAUGUCUGACCGGACACUUGUUGGUUCACAGAGGAGAGAAACCCUUCAGCUGCUCUGAGUGUGGUAAAAGGUUUUACCAUAAACAGAGUCUGAUCAUACACAAAUUAGUCCACACAGGAGAGAAACCCUUCAGCUGCUCUGAGUGUGGUAAAAGGUUUAACCAUAAACAGACUCUGAUCAAACACAAGUUAAUCCACACAGGAGAGAAACCCUUCAGCUGUUCUGAGUGUGGUAGAAGGUUUAGUCAGAAAUCCUAUCUGAUCAAACACAUGAUGGUCCACACAGGAGAGAAACCCUUCAGCUGCUCUGAGUGUGGUAAAAGGUUUACUCAGAAAGCAGGUCUGAUCAAACACAUGUUGGUUCACACAGGAGAGUAAGGCUCAUCUGCUCUGUUUGCAGUAAAAGACUUAAAUCACUAUAGGACUAGUCAUGUUUAUGACCACUCUGACCUAUCAGCUAAAAACACAACAGUGAGAUGUAAUGAGUGGUUAAACAUCAACAGUUUCUGAAGAGAUAGAAAGACACGAUUUAGAUGAAUGUCUCUUAUAUUAUGUGUCCCGUUCCACCCGUGAGUUAAUCAGCACUCCAGACAAUAUGAUCACUGAUAAUCCACAUAAUGUUAACAAUAACUGAGCAUGUGUUGCCCAGACAAUGCUCAUACAUGUGCCUAUGUAAUGUCUCAAGCUUGUGGUUUUACAUACCCUGCCCAUGAAGCUGAUUCUGAUCCAGUUUUGAUAUUUUUAUUGUUUCUUAUAAGUGUAAGAAGACUUUGAAUCUCUUAAAAAACUGUGUAAGUAAGUCUUAAGAGCAAAUGUCCUGCUCAGAUCAGGUGGUGAAUGAGUCCCACUAAUGAGUGAUAUUAUUUCACAUUUAUAUUGAGUGUUUUUGCAGGGAGGAAAUGAUGGUAUUACAUCAGUGCAUUGACUUUUGAAGUUGCCGAAUCCAGAUAUUUGUUUUUACAUCAAUGCACUAUCGUAGAUUAGCAGCGGCAGAAGAGUUAAAGGGUGUAAGAGGUCAUGCUCAUGUUCUUCCAUCGUGAACUGGAACCAGUAUAACUUUGGUGGAACAUAGUAUAGAAGGAAGUCACAGAGAACCUUUUGCGAGUCUAAGUGGACUUUAACCACAGACCCUUUGGUUUGAUCUUCACACAUCUCUCUGGUCUCUGUACUCUCGCUGUUGAGAGCUCUACAUCUCAGAAACUCAGUCACUAGUUCCUGAGACUGUUAGUGUCGGCCAGUGCAUGAAGACUAAAUAUAUGUCCAGAGUUUGAUGUGUCUUAAUUUCAGGGAAGUCCUUUUGUUUGUUUACCUGCAGGGUUUCUAUUUUCUUUUGUAAUCGUGGACAUGUUUUAAUUUUGUUGUUGAUAUCCAAAAAUGUUAAAAUGUUUUGUUCUUGAAUAAAAUCCCUUCAAACUUGUA